AUGACUCUGUCUCGAUCCAGUAGCUUCACUAGCAAUAAUGGUCAACGCUCAUCUGCCUUUGCUCUUCCUCCAUCGCUUUUGCAAGCAGACGAUGGCCAUCGGAGAACAGGAACCAUGAGCUCGAUAUAUAGCAGUCCUCAGGCUGAUCAUAAUCCAUACAAUUCCAAUGAUCUCGCACCCCCAAUGUCUCCUAUGCCUUCAUCUCCAGAGCAUCAUCAAUCGGCACAGAAUGGAGGGAUGAUGGCAGAACGUCGCAACUCGGAGGACGCAGGUCGUCUGAAGAGGAAGCCAGUGAAUAGUUAUAUUGCACCAUCUCAACCACCUAUACCACCUAGUCCAUCUACAAUUCGAUCCACAUUGUCACGAGCUCCAUCAACAGCAUCACUACCCGAUUAUAAUAAUACGCACCGCAACAUGACCUACAAAGGUCUAUCAAGUCCUAGUCGUCAAGAUGACAACGAUUCUAUCUCCAGUGGGGGUGCCAGUCCUCAUGGAACAGUGCGAAAAGGAGCUCAAGUACUAGAUGCUAGAGCUUGUGGCGAGUUACGAGACUUUGCUAUCAAGAGUGGUCUCGUUGACAAGCUGGAUGAUAUAAACUUGUUGACUGAGGAACAAAUCAAUCAACUGGUCCAGUGCGCUUUCGUAGAACUCGGUCCAGAGGCAGAGAAAAUGUUCAAGGCUGAGAGGCAUCAGAAACUGAUUAAAAUCUACCAUCGCAUCAAAAACGGAAAGGUCCAGACCUGGUCUGCUCCACCAAUUGCCAAAGACGAUAUCGACAAGUUGAAUACGAUAUUGGCGGGGAUACAAGAAAAUGCUUUUGGACGAUUGUUCAAGGUCAACAACAUCCCGCAAACCCAAUCUCCCAAGGAUGCUCUUGCCACGUUCAGGAGAGAUGUCAAAUCCAAGGCUGAGCGGGGAAUCGCAGCUGCCUGGUACGAGUCCUUUUACAAAUUGAAAGGAAUUGAGCUGAUUUGUGGGAUUUUGGAUAUUGUGCAUGGGAAGGCUGGACGAAAGUCGAAGCAUAUUGAUCUGCUUGAAGAUGUUUGUGAUACCUUAAGGGUUGUCAUGGGCGGUCGUCAUGCAGUCCAACUGUUCCUAGAGAGCGGGUCAUUGGACAGCACUCUGAAAGUCUUUAUCAACUUACUUGAUGCCGAAUCAGUGUCUAUCAGAUGUGCUGCCAUGGAUUUUUUAGUCACUGUCUUGGGAUUCGACAAUGGUGGAAUAGAUGGGAUACAUAAAGGUCAUGAUGCUAUUAUGAGGGCUUUCUCUGCGUAUCAACGUGAUAAUGGUCACGAUCAUGCAUUUAGCCCUGUGAUGACCAGUUUGAAGGAAAUAGUAUCAUGUAGAGGUACAUUCGGUACAGACGUUGGUGCCAGAGCAGUCACUCAAGUGAAACUAGGCAAAAUCACCUUGAACCCUGAUCCAAAAAGUAUUAUAAGGCAGGAGGCAGAUGAUAAGCAAAGUCUCAUUCAAUGCACAACAUCGUUUGUGACCUUUAUACAAGACCUCGUUGCAAACACCUCCCUUUCCAUUUCUUAUCGCAUCUCGUUGAGGCAGAAACUUAUAUGUGCUGGCUGGCCUGAUGUAAUCGAUAUUGUUAUGGGCUGGUCUAGCGACUAUGAUGAUCUGAAAGCUCAAAUCGACAAUUUUCAACGGCAAGGAGAAGAUGAGAUGUCUUCCUUCAUCAAGAGUAACCAGUGGGCUCCAAGCAUGACAAGCUCAGAGUUGCAGGAUCCUGCUCUGCUUACCCAAAGAUUGUUGAGUGUUGUUGGUAACACGUCGAUAGCGGGUGCUCAAGUCAAUCUCGCUGCCAUUCUCAGGACAUUGUUGGGUACUCUGGGAUCUAUGGACUUGCCAACUCAUAGACUCAAGUAUCUUGCACUGGCUGAAGAACUCUUGUUGAAGGCCUCAGCUGGUCGCCACAUGUUUUCAGAUGGUGAUGGCUCAGCAGCACUCGAUAUGAAUAGCCUCAUUGCCAGGUCCGCUGACCUAGAUAGAUUACCUGAACUCGAAAAUCGCAUAGAAACCAUAAAUGCCGAGUUAAAACAUUCCAAAGAGAGAACAAUUCGAGUGCAAUCCGAGCUUGCUGCUGAGCAGUUGAAAGCUGCCACUUUCAAUGCUGCCGAAAAAGCUCGCAUGGAGGCCAUGAUCAGUGAACGUGAUGGCAAGCUACAACGCCUCACUAGUGAUCUGCAAACCCUUCAAGUGGAGAUGGAAACGGCAUAUCGUAAACAGGAGGAGGAAUUAGACUCCUUAUUACUUGAAUUGAGGGGUCAAAAGCUUGUGCCAAGCACUGCUUAUGUUCAAAACCAACUUUUUGCUCCAUCGAACUCGCAGUCUCCCGAAGACUCGCAAGAUUCAGCCGUGUCUGAUCUGAAAUAUAGGAUCCCAUCUCCAAUCCCACCUCUGCUACUCGGAGCAUCAUCGUCAUCCAUAACGACUAUAGUCCAAGGUGAUGCCGACAUGUCAGAUAUAAAACCACCUCAGGUCGAGGUCGUUCUCCUAAGUGGCCCAGCCAUGUUGUCUAGUUCAGACGAUAAUGUACCUCCACCACCGCCUCCUCCACCAGGAAUGACUCUCCCGAGCGAUGGCACAGGACCACCGCCACCUCCUCCACCUCCUGGUUCGAUUGUGUUGGCACCCAAGCGUCCAACUUUAUUAAAGCCAGCCAAAACAUUGCGAAGAAUGCAAUUAGAUGUGAUGCCAUAUUCCGACGCACAAAAAACAGUCUGGGCCUCCAAGAUAUCCUUAUGUACAGAUGUGCGUAGUCUACAAGAGCAAUCUGACGAUUGCCAAAAGCGGAUGGAGAAGCUUGGUCUGUUUACGAAGAUGGAGACCUUCUUUGAUCCAAUGCCAAAAGUGUCAAAAGUUGAUACAGAGAGUGUCAGAUCAUUACCUGCACCUUCGGAGGUGACUCUGAUUAACGACAAAAAGUCUCAAAACAUCGGUGAUUUCCAGGCAUUCGCUCUGGUACUACGAAGCAUCAAAAAACAUAUCAAGAUGCCUUCUUCUUCUUCUUCGAAUACUGUGACUCAGGUCGCUGCUCUUAAAAGAGCAAUGCUCCGAGAAGAUAUUCCAGAAGAUUCGUUAAACCAGUUACGAUUGUCAUCGAUGUUGCCCACUGAAGACGAAUGUCGCACCAUCCUUGCUUUCAACGGCGAUACGUCGAAGGUUCGAGAAGCUGAUUUGUUCUUGUACGAGAUGCUGAGAGUUGGUCGUUACAAGGAAAGGCUCGAUGCACAUGCUUUUCGCAUAGAUUUCGCCUCCAAAGCCAGUGAUGUUGCAAAGGGCAUGGAGACAAUCAAAGUAGCCUUGUCACAACUAUAUACCUCAUCAUCUCUUUUCAACCUCCUGGAGCUCAUUCUGAACAUGGGAAAUUUUAUGAACGCUGGUGGUCCAAAAGCUGGCGCUCAUGGCUUCAAAAUUGCGUCAUUGAAUAAGCUUGCAGAUACAAAAGCCAAUGAUGGCACCACUCUAUUGCAGUUCAUUGUCAAUGCAGUGGAUGCCGGUUUCCCUGAAAUCAAAGGCUUCAUAGAAGAAAUAUCAGCAGUUAAAGGCACCUCAUCAGUUUCGUUCUCAACUCUGAAGGGUAACUUGGCCAACCUCAAGGGAGCUCUGAAAGGAGUGCAGCAAGAAUUACAAUAUCAAGCACUACUCAAAACCCCUCGUGAUAGCAACGACGCUUUCCUCACAACGUACGAUGAAUUCACCAGAGUGGCCACUACAAAAGUGGUCGAACUGGAGAAACUGGACUCUGGCUGUGAUGCUCUCUAUAAGGAAGUCAUACAAUUGUUUGGAGAACCCAAGUUGAAGCCCGAGGAGUUCUUUAAGAUAUUCUCAGAUUUUGUAGCCACGUUCGAGCGAGAGACCAAAGAGCUUCGAAGGAAGGCUGAAGAGAGGGCUGCUACUGAGAAACGACAGCAAGCCAAAGAGGCUGUAGACGCUCAACGACGUCCUCGACCAGUUGCAGCUCAACUACCACCACUGCUUGACAAAAUUGUCCCUGAAGAGUGUAGCAUGGAAGAUCUCCUCGAAAAAACAAAGCUGCGCCUCAUGCGACCUACAAAAGCCAGAAUACCAAGUGGGUCAUGGCGCCCAAACGAAGCAUCAAUAGAUGACGACCCCAUAGUUCUUGGAACAGCGCUGUAA